AUGAGGCCUUGCAUUGGCACCGAGGAGUCUGAAGAAGUAAGGGUUGUCCGCUCCGCAAGUACCAUUGACAGGCUGUGGAGAGAUCUUGUGGGUUACGCCAACGAUAAUUGGAUCAGCCAGAAGCUGGCGCCCAGCCUUGGGCUGGAACAUCAACAACUCUUCGACAAAAGAGAGGCGACAGCUGAAGAUAUCCUGUUGAUCCUCAAGACCCUGUGGGAGCGGGGCUCCGAUAUCCGGUGUAAGCCCGACGUCAGGGUAAGUUUCAAUGCAGCCUUAGUUAUCGCAGCGAUCGGGGGUUUCCGAAUGGGCGUUGUGAAGGAUUUGGAAUACCGCCAAGUCCAGCUGGGCUUCGUCCGGGUGAAUGGUCGCCUCGAGCCUGUUGCAACCAUUUCCCUACUACAAAAUAAAAGGAAGGAGAACGCGAUAAGGAAGAGCCAGAACGAAUUGGUGUCCAUAUCGGUUACCGUGGUGCCAUAUAAGCUGGUGUGUGUAUUGAGCCUGAUCGUGGCUCGAGCCCUAGCCGCGGAUGCCUUCGAGGUCCAUUUUGAUUCUUUUGAGCAAUUCCUUACUCGACCAAGGCUGGAAGGGAACGUCAAUUAUUUCCCUGUCAAAUGGAAGGACGAGUUCCUGGAGAAGCCUAUUUUCCCGGUCUCGUAUAUGCAGUUCUGGAGACUUUGGAAAGACGCCGUGCACGUGGCGGGCAUCCGUGACCCGCCGCGCCCUUAUGCUGUGCGCGUUGGUGCCGGAGCUAGGAUCAACAGCAAUCCUUGA